GUGAUCCUACAAUUUUACAAUCAUUGUUGUCUUGAUUGUGUUAUUCCGGGGUGUUAUUUUAUAUUUUAUACAAUCAAUCGAAAUAUAACCUAACAUUCGUGCAAUGUUGUCAGACUUACUGAGUCAAUUUAAAAUUUGUCACAUUUUUUUUAAUUUGUCCAUUGACUACUAGCAGGCGACCUAAUAAAUACUAAGUUAGAAAAAAAAUAGCACUGGGUAAGAAUCAUCUGAAUUAAUUAAACUUAAUUACUGGACGACAACAUCUGGCAACACUGCAGUCGUUGCAAAAUAAACAUUCUUAUUUAAGAAAAAACAUGAUCUACCAGUCGAGAAUUUUCACCAAAUUGUCUAAAAUACCCCGAAAACUUAACCACCGACACAUUUCAGGCCUAAACUUGUGGAACGAAGAACUCACGUCUGAAAUUAAACACAAAGUAGAAGACCACUGGAAAGACAAGCUAUCAUUCAGGAAAUACGAUGAAAACUAUCCCGGCGACAAAUACUACGUGCUUUCCAUGUUUCCAUACCCAUCCGGGCAACUGCACAUGGGGCACGUCCGGGUCUACACAAUCAGCGACUCUAUCGCCAGAUUCCAGAGAAUGAACGGCAAAAACGUUUUUCACCCCAUUGGGUGGGACGCUUUUGGUCUCCCAGCUGAAAACGCCGCCAUCGAGAGACAAAUCCUCCCCGACAAGUGGACACAAACCAACAUAAAACAAAUGAAAACGCAACUGGAGCGUUUAGGGUGCAGCUUCGAGUGGGACCGGGAGUUGGCCACCUGUGACCCUUCCUACUACAAGUGGACACAAAACUUAUUCCUGAAAUUGUACGACGCUGGUCUUGUAUACCAGAAAAAAGCCAUGGUUAAUUGGGACCCAGUUGACCAAACCGUGCUAGCCGACGAACAAGUAGACGAAAAUGGGUGUUCGUGGCGCUCUGGGGCCAAAGUGCAAAAAAAACCCUUAAAGCAGUGGUUCAUAAGGACUACGAAAUUCGCGAAAGCGUUGCUCGAGGGGUUAAACGACCCGCUUUUACUGGACUGGAGGGACGUGACCAAACUACAAAAACACUGGAUAGGGGAGUGCGACGGGGUAAACUUUGACUUUAAAAUAUUAGGGGGCGACGAUUUUCUGACUUUGUGGACACCGUAUCCCGAAUUUAUCGACUCGGUGAAGUUCGUAGCAAUUAAUUCGGACCACAUUUUGGGGAGGGGUGUCGAAGGGACGAAAAAACUACCAGUCGAGCUUUUACACCCUUUAACGGGCGAAAAAAUCCCCGUAUUUGUCACAAACGAGCUCGAAUUUCUCCCAUUAACCGACUCGUUCGUCGGUAUUCCUGGGGUAUGCCCGAAAUCAGCCGAAUUUGCCGAUUCUGUGAAGAUCUCGUACGAAAAAACAGCUAUUUUGAGCGACACCGAGCGCCUGUCGCGUCAAAAUCAAAUUUGCCGCCAAGCCGAAGCGCUGAAAGUGGGCGGCUACUGGUCGAGCGCGAAGCUCAAGGAUUGGCUGAUUUCGCGUCAGCGGUUUUGGGGUACGCCCAUCCCCAUCGUUCAUUGUAAUAAGUGUGGAGCGCAGCCAAUCAGAGACCUCGUCGCGUUACCCACAAAGGGCGAGCUUUCCGAUUGGGUGAACUGCGAAUGUCCACAAUGUAAACAAAAAGCGAAACGUGAAACCGACACCAUGGACACUUUCGUGGACAGUUCGUGGUACUUCCUCAGGUACCUCGACCCAACCAACAGUGCCGAAAUUUUCGACAAGAAUAAAAUCAGUAAAGGGAUGCCUGUUGAUUUAUACAUCGGUGGUAAAGAGCACGCCGUCCUUCAUUUGUACUACGCGAGGUUCAUUGGCCACUUUUUGCACACGGAAGGGUUGCUGCCGGAACGGGAGCCCUUCAAGCGUCUGUUGGUACAAGGCAUGGUGAUGGGACGCUCCUAUAGAGUCAAAGGGACAGGCCGCUACGUCACCGAAACCCAAAUCAAGGUCGUAGACAAGAAAAAGAACAAAGCUGUGGUGACAGACACAGGCGAACAGGUGGUCAUGGCGUGGGAGAAAAUGUCAAAGUCGAAACAAAAUGGCGUCGACCCGGGCGACAUGUUUAAGGAGUAUGGCAGUGAUACCACCAGACUUUUGAUUUUGGCGGAUGUGGCACCCACGUCGCACCGGCACUGGAACAGCAACACGUUUCCGGGGAUUUUGAACUGGCAGAAGCGGUUGUGGUUGACGAUUCGGGACUUCAUUAAACACAGGACGAAUCCACCGCCUGCUAUUCCCGAUGACGAGUUCAAAGCACACGACGAUUACAUGUUCGACUCGAGGAAUUAUUACAUUAAAGGGGUGACUUUCAAUUAUUGCGGGUCGCAGCAGCACAGUGUGGCGGUUUCGAAGCAACAAGGACUCACCAAUAGCAUCAGAAGGGCGCCACCUGCCGUUUUUGCUAAUAGUCUUCAGUUUGAAAGAGCCCUAGCCGGUCAGAUCAUCGUGCUAGCCCCCAUGGCCCCACAUUUCGCUUCGGAGUUGUGGAGCGGCUUCGUCUCAGCUCGGGGUCGUCUCAACCAAUCCGACGAAAUCGACUGGGAUAGGUCGGUUCUAGAGCAAAGAUGGCCGACGAUUGACUCUAACUAUAACCUAGAUCUUGUGUGCAAAGUCAACGGGGAUGAAAAGUGCGUUGUGAAGAUAGCCAAAAGUGAGUUCGAGACGUUGUCGCAAGAGGGUGCAGCUGAAAUUGCUUUGAAACAAAAAGAAGUGAAGGAGGAGCUGUCCGACAAGACGGUUUUGUACACUAGGUAUAUAAAACACCCGGAUUAUGAUGGUGUGUUGAAUAUUACGACUUCGAUGGGUUGGAGAGAGAAAGAAACAAAUUUGUAGUUGUUUAUUUUUAAAUACAUUUUUUAAUUACA